GGGGGAGCCGCCGCCGCCUGAGCUCCGGCCUGCCGCUCGACCCCACCUCGCCGACCGAGGCUGACCGCGGAGCGUGCGAACCACCCCGCCACUGCUUUCUUCCCACCCCGGAUCGCACACACCCGCCCCGGAAGAUGGGGAACUGCCUCAAGUCCCCCACCUCGGAUGACAUCUCUCUGCUUCACGAGUCUCAGUCCGACCGCGCUAGCUUUGGCGAGGGGACGGAGCCGGAUCAGGAGCCGCCGCCGCCAUAUCAGGAACAAGUUCCUGUUCCAGUCUAUCAUCCAACACCCAGCCAGACUCGGCUAGCAACUCAGCUGACUGAAGAGGAACAAAUUAGGAUAGCUCAAAGAAUAGGCCUUAUACAGCAUCUGCCUAAAGGAGUUUAUGACCCUGGAAGAGAUGGAUCAGAGAAAAAGAUCCGGGAGUGUGUGAUCUGUAUGAUGGACUUUGUUUAUGGGGACCCAAUUCGAUUUCUGCCGUGCAUGCACAUCUAUCACCUGGACUGUAUAGAUGACUGGCUGAUGAGAUCCUUCACGUGCCCCUCCUGCAUGGAGCCAGUUGAUGCAGCACUGCUUUCAUCCUAUGAGACUAAUUGAGCCAGGGUCUCUCGUCUGACUUCAAGUGAACCAUCAUUUUGGUGGUUUUGAUCUUUUGUCACUGAGCCCAAAGAGCCAGGAAUUAGGAAUUAAGAUCAUGCACAAAAGUUUCCUAAAUAUUCCUGGAUGGCUGCAGAUGUUGGGGGAAAGUAUGUGAUAUUUUAGAAACUAGGGGGAAAAGUAGGAUGGUAUUUUUAUGUAAAGCCUUGACCCAGUGUUUAAAAAUAUAAUUGUAUUUAGAUCUUGUAAUUGCUCCAGUACAUAGGAAUUGUGUAAAGUGUUACAGCAGCUGUAUAUGUUUAAAUUGUGUGUGUUGAAGAUUAGGAAAAAGAUAGUGGUUAUUUUUCCUAAAUGAAAUAACGUUCUCCCCACCCACCCACCCUACUCAAAUUCUUUUCUGAAGUUGCUGGCAUUUGGGUCAAGGUUUUAUUAAAAGCUACAUUUUAUAACACUGGCACAAAAAAAAAGUAGUUUUAAGCUUGUUUGCACAGUUCUUUUUUUCCAUUGGAAAUGGAAUUCAUUGCCUUAGGUCUUUUUAAAUAGUGUAUUAUUAUCGUUGGGGCUGGCUCUAUGCUUGAAAACCAGUUUAUUUAUAACCUGUUAUAAGUGCUAUAUUCUGUUUGCAGUUAGGAAAUGCAGAAUUCAAAGUGGUCUCCUAGCUUGUAAGCAAACUGAGAUGCACUAUCCCUUUUCUAUAUAUAUUUAAAAAAACUGAGUCAAUGGUGUCAAGAAAUAAAUUCUAGCAAAGUGGGGUUUAAUAUUACCAUUUCCUAUGUGUUUUAUCUAAUUCUUUUGGUUGUUAAUAUGGUGAUAAUUGAAAGUCAAGGUAAAUUUUAAAUAUUAAGAGUUUUGAUUUAUUGAAUUAUGCCACCAGUGCUUAUGUAAAAAUAAGUGUAGCACCAUGGUGAAACUUAAAUGAGAAGUAGUUUCUCAGCUGUAACACUUUUGAUUUAUUCUCUUUCCUGUGAUCUCCUUCCCUGUUGUCUUGAACCAUAGCAAAAGGAUACUGCAUCUCUCAUCACUGUAGUGCUGAGGUUAUUGAAGUUCUAUAAAACACAUCUCAGUCUUUGUUCUUGGGAAGAUACUUGUUAAGUCCUGCUAGCUAGCUGAUGAGACAAAGCAGGGAGAACCAAGAUAAAUAUGUUUCAUGUUUGCACACAAAUGCAGAAUUUGUAUAACCACCCGACUUCAUGGUUGUGAUCUCAAAAAAGAAGGAAUUUCUUCUUUAUCUUUUUCUUGCAGUUAAUUUAAGAAUAAAUCUCUAAGCUUCUGAAGUGUUAGAGGUAGGGAUGGUCUGGUAAUGAUGUAGUAGUAAUGUUUCAUUUAGCAUGUGUUUGUUUUUCCUUAUGUACUCAAAGGUGACUUAUUUGUUCAACUCAGUGAUACUACAGCUAGCUAAAAAUCGUUCGUUAGCAAAAGGAGAAGCUGUCUCAACGAAGAACUUGCUAGUUUAUAUUGAGUUGAAUUUUGACUCAGUUUUGUACAUUCAGAAGAUGAGUAUCUUGAAGGUUCUUUAUAAUUACAUUAUAGAGGGCUUCAGUAUGGUAUAAGUACUUUGAAGAUUGAACAUUCAACUGUAGUAUCCAUAUGUUAGUUAAUUCCUUGUGAGCCCCAUGAUGGAAAGACUUAAAGAUGAAUUUGAGAAAGAGUGAAUGAAAUUAGAUUAUCAGGUUCUGUUAAAUUGUUACAUGUAUCUUGCUUAAAUUUCUGUUCAUUAAUUUAUAUCCACCCAAUUACAUAAAGCAAAUUUUGAAGAAA